GAGGAAUGGAUGAAGGUUAGAACUGAUAAACUGAAGGAAGAUGUUCAGAUGUUGUUUAAGACUUGCAGUAAUAAGUUAGAGAGAAUGAACUUGGUGGAUGCAGUCCAACGCCUAGGAAUAGAACACCUCUUUGAAAUACAGAUAGGUGAUGCACUAAGUGACAUCCAUGAAAGUGAAAUCAGUAGCUCGAGCCUUCACGAGGUUGCUCUUCAGUUCCGCCUUCUUAGGGAACAUGGACUUUGGGUAUCUCCAGAUGUAUUCAAAAAGUUCAAGGGCGAAGAUGGGACCUUCAAUGUGGACAUAGCAAAAGAACCAAAGGGACUUUUGUGUCUAUAUAACGCUGCAUAUGUUUUAACCCAUGGAGAGACGGAACUAGAAGAGGCCAUCACUUUCGCGAGGCAUCACCUGGAAUUGUUGGUACCCAGUCUCGACUCCUUUUUAGCCAAGCAAGUCAAGCGUGCCCUUCACUUACCACUACCAAGGACUCACAAGAGGUUGGAGGCACUCCCCUACAUGCUAGAAGGCGAACAAGAAGGGCACAAUCCAGUUCUUCUUGAACUUGCAAAGCUGGAAUUUAAUCACCUGCGGCAUGUUCACUUGAAGGAGCUCAAAGCUAUAUCUGAGUGGUGGAAUGAUUUUUCUGGAUAUGUGGAACUAAGUUUUGUUCGGGAUCGUGUGGUGGAGUGCUACGUUUGGGGAUACUCCUUGUUCUAUGAGGAAGACUGGUCGCUCCCACGAAUGUUCUUUGCCAAGUUAACUGCAGUGCACACAUUUUUGGAUGACAUAUGUGACGAUGGUUCCACCUUAGAGGAAUUUCGGAUGCUAGACGCUGCCAUACAAAGAUGGGAUGAAAGCGCCAUUUCUCUUGUGCCAGAGUACCUGAAGAAGUUCUAUAAUAAAUUACUGAGCUGCUUUAAGGAAUUCGAUGAUGAACUGGCUCUCAAUAGGAAGUACCCAAUUGAUCACAUCAAGAAGGAGUUCCAAAAGCAAUCUAGUUCUUACCUCCAAGAAGCUGAAUGGGUACACAAAAAACACAAGCCAAACUUUAAAGAGAAAUUGCAUUUGUCAGUCAUGUCCACGGGCAUCCUGGCGCUAGGUGUGUAUACGAUGGUUUCCACUGGCGAUGCACUGCCUAAAGGAGCACUCGACUGGGCACUUGGAUACCCUGACGUCGUCGUGGCCUGCGCUAAGAUUGGGCGCUUAUUGAAUGACCUUGCUGGUUCAUCUAAACGUCGGAAGGACCGGGGGGAUGUGGCCAACUGUGUGGAGUGUUACAUGAAUGAGCACAAGGUCACACAAGAGGUCGCCUUUGCAGCGAUGGAUUCGCUGACAGAAGACGAAUGGAAGACCACCAACCAAGCUCGAUUUGAACAUCCUCGUGACCUGCUACCGGCGGUGCAACGGAUUAUCAGCUACACUCUCAGCAUGCCGGUGUACUACAACGGCAGGAAGGAUGCCUUCACCUUCAGCUCACAUCUUGACGAAGUCGUUGAAGGCCUCUUCCUCAAGCCCAUCCCCAUCUAG